AUGCCUGUCGAAGGUAUCAUGAUUACGGGCUUCACAGUCCGCGACCUGCGAUGGCCGACUUCUCUAGACAACAUUGGAACCGAUCCUAUGAACUUGGCUGGAGAAAACUCAUUUGGUUACCUGCAAUAUCAGACAAACACAGGUUUGGUCGGUACCGGUUGGUCUUUUGCCAACGGCCAAGGCAAUGACGUUCUCUGUACUGCAAUUCGAUCUCUUGCACCUCGCUUUGUUGGGCGAUCUCUCCCAUCCAUCACGUCAAACAUGGGAGAGACUCAACGGAAGAUCUCGUCAGGUCAGAUCCGAUUCAUGUCUCCAGAGCGCGGCGUCUUGCAACUAGCGACUAAUGCAGUGCUUAACGCUAUCUGGGAUCUCUGGGCCAAAGCCGAAGGCAAGCCGCUCUGGAGACUCGUUGUAGACUUUACUCCUGAAGAAUUUGUGAGAACAAUGGACUUUCGCUACGUCACCGAUGCCUUGACGCCCGAACAAGCGCUAGAAAUGCUGAAGAAGAUGGCUGCUACCAAGGCAGAACGAAUGCAACUUGCUCUCCAGAACAAAGCCAUCCCUGCAUACAACACCUCAGCCGGGUGGUUGGGUCACUCCGACAGCAAGGUGCGCGAGCUGCUGCAAAGUGCAAUGGCGCAAGGAUUCCGUCAUUUCAAGCUCAAAGCGGGCCUAGGCAUCGAGGCUGACAGGAAGCGACUGGGAUUUGUUCGUGAAGUAGUCGGUGAUGAUGGCAUACUUAUGGUGGAUGUCAAUCAGCUCUGGGACGUCGACGAAGCAAUUGAGUAUAUGAAGAAAUUGGCUGAUCUUAACUUGUGGUUUAUCGAAGAGCCCACAUCUCCUGAUGACAUUCUUGGCCACGCCAAGAUCCGGUCAGCUCUGAAGCCGUAUGGCAUUGGUGUAGCGACUGGCGAACACAUCAACAAUCGGGUCAUGUUUAAACAACUCCUUCAAGCUGAGGCUCUCGACGCGGUGCAACUGGAUGCGUGUCGGCUGGCUUCUGUCAAUGAAAUCUUGACUGUUCUUCUCAUGAGUGCCAAGUUUGGCGUUGCUGUAGUUCCGCACUCUGGGGGUGCGGGAAUGGUUGAGCUCUGCUCCCAUAUAAGCACAAUUGACUUUAUCGUGGUAUCUGGUAAGGGGAGCAUACUAGAAUACACUGACCAUCUACAUGAGGCUUUUGAGGCACCGGCGACAAUUACUCCUGGGGGUUAUCAUGUCACACCAACUGUUCCUGGGUACUCGUGCGAUGUGAAGGAAGCCCAGUUCAAGGACUUUGAGUGUCCUAAUGGUGCAUUUUGGUCAUCAAGUGUUGGACAAAAGAUGCUUGGUGACCCAUGGAGAGGAGUACCGGGAGAGCAGACGUCAUGA